AGCAUAUGCAGUUGAACAAAGACUGCAGGUAUACAUUUGCUCAUUUGAGAAUCCGGUUGACAAGUAGUUGAACAGACCUGAAACACUGGACAAAGAUAUGGCAGGAAACGGCACUUCAAAACCAGCAGCCCCAGCCCCAGCUCCACCUAAAGUUUUUGACAAACCAUGGAGGAACACACCGUGGGGUGGAAGAGAUCAGUUGUUGGAGGACCUGAAGGCAUAUGUUCCACGUAACCCUGGCAUAGAACAUGUUAGGAUUCUGCUAAGUGGACCAAUCGGAGCAGGCAAAUCAAGCUUCAUCAACUCCAUCAACAAUGUCUUUCAGAAUAAAAUGACAAUGAAAGCCCAGGUUGAUUCUGCUAUGGCUGAUAAAAGCUUCACCACAACAUACAGAACACACAAAAUUGAGAAUGGAAAAACUGGAUCUUAUUACCCAUUUAUCUUCAAUGAUGUCAUGGGUUUUGAGAAACAGAAUGGCAAAGGAGUGCAUGAAGAUGACCUUAAGAAAGCACUGACAGGACAUGUGAAAGAGGGUCACAAGUUCAAUCCGAGUCAUUCAUUGACCGAGGGAGAUUUGGGCUACAAUAAGUCCCCCAGUCCAAGUGACAGAGCCCACUGCCUGGUCAAUCUGAUUCCAGCAGAUAAGAUUGCUCUCAUGGAUGAUGAGGUCAUCAAGAAGAUGAGGGCCAUUAGAUUAGUGGCCAGUGAAUUGGGAAUUCCCCAAGUGGUCAUCCUCACCAGGGUUGAUAUAGCUUGUCCAUUGGUGAAAGAAAACUUAAGAAAUAUGUAUCUAAGCAAGUAUAUCAAGGAGAUGAUGGAGAAAUGCAGUAUAAAGCUGGGCGUCCCAGUGAACUGCAUCUUUCCUGUGAGGAACUACCAUGAGGAAAUCGAAUUGGACGAAGACAUGGAUGUGCUGUUAUUUAGAGCACUGAAGCAGAUGGUCGACUUUGGAGACGAUUUCCUAAAGGAGAUGGAACAAUCUUAAAUAAGACUUGUGCCUAAGCUAUCGACACCAUCUGUGUGAAGCAUGCCCGACAUAGAAUAACAGGGAUUGUGGUCUCAGCCAUAUUUAAAAAUGGCAAAUACAGCUCCCCAUUGAUAUAGUGAGAUAGUUAUUAUUACGGCGCAUUUCAUUCUAAUAAUAAUACAGCAUCAUCAUCAUCUAAAUGUUGAUAAUACGAUCUGAGUUCUCCAUUGAUGUCUGUUUAUCUGAGUUUGAUUGGUUAUAUACCUAGGAAUUAAUGUUGAUAUUAAAAGGCUGGGCGUCCCGCUAGCGGGACACCUGUCGACAACCUCCGGUGAAAUUGGAGGGUGCGCAAUUCAAAUAAAUAAUCAUAACAAUUAUGGAUAUAAAAAAUAUUGUAGGUACAUACAAGUAUCUUAUAUCGGUUAAAAGAUUAAAUUAUUUUUAAUCUAAUUGCAUUGUCCGAUUUGCAAUAGGCCUUACAGUGAAAGCAUGCCAUGCAAUUAUUUGAGGACGGCGCCCACAUCAAAAUAUUUUUCAACCAGCACAUGCUUCAUAAACUCACAAAUAGCGAUUAAAUAUUUACUUACUUUUUGAAAAUCUUCCUCUGAUUUGCAAUCCAAAGGGUCCCAGCCUCCCAAA